AUGACAAUUUUAAGGAAUUUUAUGAGGAUUGCAAAUUCCUUUAGGCCGGUACAGAGGAUAGAUAAUAUUUUUUUUCUAUCGUGGCGCACGUUCUCAAGCCAUGGGACAUUUGAUUAUGACUUGGCGGUUAUCGGAGGCGGUUCAGGAGGGUUGGCUUGUGCUAAAGAGGCUGUUAACCAUGGGGCAAGAGUUGCGGUGUUAGAUUAUGUGACUCCAUCGCCCCAAGGCACAAAAUGGGGCUUGGGCGGUACAUGUGUCAAUGUUGGCUGUAUACCCAAGAAAUUGAUGCAUCAAGCUGCACUACUUGGUGAAAGCAUACAUGAGGCGAUCUCAUACGGCUGGGAGGUGCCCUCGCCAGACGCGAUCAAGAUCAACUGGUCCGCGCUGACGGAGGCGGUGCAGAACCACAUCAAGUCCGUGAACUGGGUGACGAGGGUGGACCUCAGGGACAAGAAGAUCGAGUACAUAAACGGCCUCGGCGAGUUCAAGGACCCGCACACGCUCGUAGCCACGCUGAAGAACGGCACCAAAAGGGAGCUGACUGCGAGGAACAUCGUGAUAGCGGUCGGCGGCAGGCCCCACUACCCGGACAUCCCCGGCGCCCUGGAGUAUUGCAUCAGCAGCGAUGACAUAUUCAGCCUCGGCCACCCGCCCGGGAAGACGCUCGUCGUCGGAGCCGGAUACAUCGGGCUGGAGUGCGCCGGCUUCCUGAACUCGCUCGGCUUCAGCGCCACCGUGCUCGUGCGCUCGGUGCCGUUGCGCGGCUUCGACCAGCAGAUGGCGCUGAUGGUCACCAACGAGAUGGAGGAGAGGGGCGUCGCCUUCCACCACAAGUGCAUACCGCUCUCCGUGGAGAAGCUCGAGUCGGGGCAGCUUAAGGCGCGCUGGCAGAACACCGAGACCGGCGAACAGGCGGAGGAUGUGUUCGACACGGUGCUGAUGGCGACAGGCCGCUACGCCCUAACCAAGGCGCUCAACCUUCCUGCUGCAGGCGUCACCGCGGUGACGGGCAGCGGCAAGAUCGCCGCGCAGACGGAGCAAACGGACGUGGCGCACGUGUACGCGGUGGGCGACGUGCUGGAGGGGCGGCCGGAGCUGACGCCGGUGGCCAUCCACGCGGGCCGGCUGCUGGCGCGCAGGCUCUUCGCCGACGGGCUGCAGCACAUGGACUACGAGAACGUGGCCACCACGGUGUUCACGCCGCUCGAGUACGGCUGCGUGGGCCUCAGCGAGGAGGCCGCCCUGGACAGAUACGGCGAGGAGUCGAUCGAGGUGUACCACGCGUUCUACAAGCCGACGGAGUUCUUCAUCCCGCAGCGCAACAUCCGCAACUGCUACCUGAAGGCGGUGGCGGAGCGGGGCGGCGCGCAGCGCGUGCUCGGCCUGCACUUCGUGGGCCCCGUGGCCGGCGAGGUCAUCCAGGGGUUCGCGGCGGCCAUCAAAUGCGGCCUCACGAUGGAGCAGCUAAUGAACACGGUGGGCAUCCACCCCACGGUGGCUGAGGAGUUCACGAGGCUCAACAUCACAAAGCGCUCCGGGAAAGAUCCCAACCCGGCCUCCUGCUGCAGC